AUGGUGUCCAACUUGCGCCGCUUGGCUGCAGACCAUGCCGCUCUUCAUGGAGAUCGACUGCCACCGUACUAUCUUCUGCCUUCUGACGAUGGCCGCUUUGAAUCAGCCGAUGAUCUUUCGCAAUUGAAUGUCCUCAUCACAGGACCCCCCGGAACACCCUAUGCGGGAGGUCUGUGGCGCCUUCACCUGAAUAUCCCUAGAGAUUAUCCCAAAAGUCCGCCCACAGCCGUCUUUCGCACCAAGAUCUGGCAUCCCAACGUGGAGGAGCUCACGGGGGCAGUCUGCGUUGAUACGCUCAAAAGGGACUGGCAGUCUACCUUGACACUACGUGAUGUCCUUGUCACUAUCAGCUGUCUUCUGAUCCAUCCCAACCCUGACUCUGCUCUCAACUCAACUGCUGGCACGCUGCUUCGAGAAGACUUUGCCGCCUUUUCACAUCGAGCCAAACUUCUCACUUCCAUUCACGCACCCAUUCCACCGGCCAUGGAAGCCGCCGUGAAGCGAGCCCGUGACCGUGGCGAGGAGCCUGCCCCCUACAAAUCUGACGGGGAGGAUGGUCAAGAUACUCGGCCAAGAAAACAACCACGCUUGGCAUCAAGUGACGCAAACCACACCAGAGAUAGUUCGGCCAAACCAGAGAAACCUCUGCGUCGGGAUGUGGACUUAAUCAAUCAAGCCACCCCGUCCGCCACAUCCGAGAUUGGUACCGAAGAUGCCGUCAUGGCCGACGUCGAGAAUAACUCAACGCAGUCCCGUUCAUUUCAGGAGAUGAGAUUUCCCUCUGGUGUUGAUCUUGCCGACCUCGUUACCGAUCCGCCCAUGACUCCCGUGGCAUCCAGCCCACGUAAUCCACUUUCAGUCAUCACAUCCUCAGAUCCUGAUGCAUCCGAUGUAGACAGGGUGCUCGUGGUUGAAUCAACUGAACCUCACGAAGACGCAAAUUACUCGUCUCUCACGGCACGCAACGUGCAUGCCAAUAUGAGAUCCGCGCGUCACUCUCCCUCGCCCCGCGCCCCCAGGCGUCUCAAUCGCCCUCUUGGUCUCGGCGACGGCCGUCAACAAGAGGUCCCUGACCGCACCCGCUCCUCCGCCGGCGGCCAGGAGAACCGUGCUGCUGCCGGCUCCGGCUCGAAGAUGCCCUUCAGUGCACGCACCACUGCGUCGUCAUCAGGAGAUAGUGCCUUCGCUGCACACUCCCAUUCGGGCGCCGGGACCGCCAGAAACCCUUGCGGCGCCGGGGCCAUUCAACGAGAAGGGGUCGAGUCACGAAAUGCCCCCAGACCCAAGACCAAGGGCCGCGUGGGUAUUCGCCGCCUGUGA